AUGAUCCGCGGCUCUGUUGCUGCUCUUGUCGUUGUCUCCGGUCUCGUUUCCAGCGCCUUCGGUGCAGGGUUCGACGUAAACGCCACAAUCACCGGUCUUGCCCUGCGUGGAGUUGACCCGGUUACCUACUUCACCAACGGCGCUCCUCAGGACGGCGAUUUCUCCAUCACCGAGGUCCAUAACGGUGCAACCUACCGUUUCGUUUCAGAAGCCAACCGGGAUCUCUUCAAGCAGAACCCGGAAAAGUACCUUCCGGCAUAUGGCGGCUUCUGCGCUUUCGGCACGGCCAUGGGCGUCAAGGUGGACGGCGACCCGGAUCUCUGGAAAAUCGUUGACGGCAAGCUUUACCUGAACCUGUCCGAGAGCAUUCAGGAACGCUGGAACAAGGAUAUCCCCGGUUUCGUCAAGUCCGCUGACGAUAACUGGACCAGCAUCGAAGAAACCGAUCCGAGCGAACUUUAA